AUGUCGUAUCAGAGACCGCUGAACUCGGCCCCCGACCAUUCCAGGCUCAACGACCUGUUGGAGGCCAUCAAGAAGGAGUUCGACAGCCUCACCCACGAGACCUCCGCCUACAAGGUGCACCAGGAUGAGUUCGAGAUAAAGUUCAGCCAGCAGAACCAGGAGCUUGCCAACAUUAGAAACACCGUAUAUGAGCUGGAGCAGACUCAUCGCCGCAUGAAAGAGGCCUACGAGGACGAACUGUUGAGGCUUAAACAAGAGCUCGAGUCUCGUGACCGUCUUUUACAGCAGCAGUCGAUCCAGCAGGCGCCUCUGGCGGUUGCGGACCGGCCGGAACCAGGUGCUCCUGCGAAUGGCUUGAAGUUUUACCCGGCUCAAUCCCAGUUGCCGCCGUUGCAAGCACAAGGACAGCAACAACAGGCUCAACAAGCUCAACAACAAACUCAAUUACCUCCCCAGCAACCCCAACAGCCACAAUCUCAGCCCAGAGCGCCGCAGCAACUUCAGGGAACACAUCUGCCUCCUCCAGCUAACUCUCCAACCAACGGUUCAGCCAGGCCGUUCAACGGAACCCCCAAGUCUGAAGCCGCUACCGGUGUGACAUCUCCGGCACCAGCAACGGUAACUCCAACCGCGGCUGCGGCGACUCCUGCUGUCAAACCAGAGGAGGAGACCGCGCUGGUUAAGCGUGCUCAGCACAACAAGCCGAUCCCUGCCUUUCUGAAGGACUUGGACUCUUACGCAGUGUUGCCAUACAAAAAGCAAUUUGCCGAGUUCUACCUGCUUUUUAACCCAAACGUGCCCAAGAAGGCAGAUAUCAAGCUGCUUCACUCGUUCGAUCACGCAUCCGUGGUUUGCUGUGUUCGUUUCUCCAAGGACGGUAAGUUCCUGGCCACUGGUUGCAAUAAACUGACCCAAGUGUUCAGUGUAGACACCGGCGAGCUAAUUGCGCGUCUUUCAGAUGAUUCUGUGAACCCCAACGGUUCCUAUGAUACUGACUCUGGCGAUCUGUACAUCCGUUCAGUGUGCUUCUCGCCAGAUGGAAAGUACUUGGCCACUGGUGCCGAGGACAAGCUUAUUCGUAUCUGGGAUCUCACGACCCGCUCCAUCAUCAAGGUGCUGCGUGGUCACGAGCAGGACAUUUACUCGCUAGACUUCUUCCCAGAUGGUUCCAAGCUCGUUUCCGGUUCUGGUGACCGCACCGUACGCAUUUGGGAUCUGUUAUCAUCUCAGUGCUCACUCACCUUGUCGAUCGAGGACGGUGUAACUACUGUAGCAGUUUCGCCCGAUGGAAAGCUGAUUGCGGCCGGUUCGCUCGACCGCACCGUGCGCGUCUGGGACGCGAACCAGGGUUUCUUGGUGGAGAGACUGGAUGCGGAGAACGAGGUCGGUCACGGCCACCGCGAUUCUGUUUACUCGGUUGCGUUCACCCAUGACGGUAAAGAGAUUGCUUCGGGAUCUUUGGACAGAACUGUUAAGCUCUGGUCAUUGGAUGUGAAGUACAACGAGCACAACACCAUGGCCAAACCGGUUUCCAACUGCGAGGUCACCUACGUGGGCCAUAAAGACUUUGUACUUUCCGUGUGCUGCACACCAGACGACAAAUUCAUUCUGUCUGGCUCUAAGGACCGUGGAGUUAUUCUAUGGGAUAAGGAGUCUGGUGAGCCUUAUAUCAUGCUUCAAGGCCAUCGUAACUCGGUGAUUUCCGUUUCGGUGUCUCCGGUGAUGAGCCAGAGGCGUGGGCUCGCAGGUGGAUGUUUUGCUACUGGAAGUGGUGAUUGUAAGGCGAAAAUUUGGAGAUGGGAGCAUGCCUCAUAA